AUUCCUUCAUGUCGACCGAAGCUUCGAUCCCGAGCGAGGACGACGCGCGCCGCUUUGUCUGCCCCAUCGACGGCUGCAACAAGCGCUUCAAGCGCAAGUUCACGCUCCAGGAGCACGAGAAGACGCACUCGGGCAUCCGCCCGUACACCUGCCCCGUGCCCGGCUGCGACCGCCACUUUAGCACAUCCGGCAACCUCUCGCGACACACGUUCACGCACACGGGCGAGAAGCCGUACGCGUGCGCGUGGGAAAAGUGCGCCAAGCGCUUCUGCACGCGCGAGAAGCUCGUGCGCCAUCUCAAGACGCACGUCGGCUUGCGGCCGUACACGUGCCCGACCUGCGCCAAGUCGUUCACGACCUCCGGCAACCUCGCGCGCCAUGCCAAGUCGCACCUCCCCGCGUCGCAGCGAACCGGCGUGGCGCGCACGCUCAAGAUCAUCAAGAAGCGCCGCGUCGCCGACGAGCUCGCGACGCCGAUGGCGUGCCAAGCGCCGCUGGGGAUUGCGCUGCGGCUCGACGAGGCAACGGACAUGACACCGCUUGAUAGCCCCGAGUACGCGUCGCCGGCCGACGAUGCCGACAUUGAAGCCAUGUGGCUCGAGCAGGACCUCGAGCGGCUCUGCUUACCGUCGGGCGGAAGCAGUGGCAGCGAAGCGCCGUCGCCGAAUAUCCUGCAGGCAUCCCACCCCCCGGCCAUGUGGAGUACGAGUGCCUAUCCGCCCGUGCCAAGCCCGAGCCCGUGGCCCGUCCAAGGCCUCUACGGGGGCCUAUAG